AGUAGGGGACUGUCACCCCCCUGAUUGGAAUGUUGGGCUCAUUUCGUUGAAAGUUGAAACAUCGUAUUUUUACUGGAUCCAAUAAUUUAUUUUAGGUAAUUAUGAGUUGUUCCAGAGGAAAUAUAAACAGAAAUCGACCACAAAAACAUCAAAACAGAACGGUCUUUAAGAAUAAUUUACACGACACAAGCAAAAAAACAAAAAUCUUAAAUAAUUUGGAGGUUACGGGCGUUUGUGAACGUUGUAAAGAAAUAAUAGAAUGGAAGAUAAAAUACAAAAAAUAUAAAACAUUAACUGCACCAAGGAAAUGUGUUGGAUGUGAGCAAAAAAGUGUCAAGUAUGCCUACCAUGUAUUGUGUAGUAAUUGUGCUUCAGAGAAAAAAAAAUGUGCUAAGUGUUGCAAACCAGUCGAUGAAAAUACUAUUAAGAAAAGUGCUGAAGAAACUGAAGAUAAUAAAUAUGAAACAAUAUUAAAAAGUCUACCUGAACGAAAAAGAAGAACCUUGCUCAGGUAUAUCAAAAAACAACAAGAUGGAGAAGAGAUUUCCAAUAGUACUAUAGAAAAAUUGUUGUUAGAAAUAGAUCAAAUCAGUUUAGAAGAUGAGGAUGAUGGGAAGGACUGGUCCAGUGAAGAUGAUUGACUUAAACCGUCACCAAUUCAUUAUUUUUCUUUGAACUCUGUUAUAUUUAUAUGAGUGCAUGUAUAAUGUUUUUUAAACUUUCA